AUGGAGGCCGCCAUGCCUCCCAUUGCCACUUCCGCCCUCAUCCCGCAACCGUUUCCUCUUCCGGUCACGUGCCCCCCCCCCCCCCCCCCCGCCAAGAUGGCGCUGUGCAGGAUGGGCCGGUGCGGGGCGGAGCGGCUAUGGGGUCCCGUUCCGCCCCUCCUGGCGGCGCUGAGGCCCCCUCCGGUGCUCUCCCUGCCCACCAAGGCGAGCUCCCGCUGGGCUCUGGGCGCUCGGUGGCUCCGCAGCCGCUAUGAACGUUUCUUGCAGCACAGAUUCCCCCGCCUCUACGCUCUGCACUCUGCCUUCACUGCAGGGCUCGAGUCGCUGCUGGCUGACGCCAGGGAGGUGCGACGGAUCCGACAGGCAAUGGCCCGGCAUGGGCUGAGCGCCGCGCAGCUGAACUACAGGGACAUGGAGCGGCUGCGGCAGUUCCGCAGGGAUGUCCUCAAGGCCGUCCCCGUCGCUCUCAUCGCCAUUCCGCCCUUCGCCAACUUCCUGGUCCUGCUGCUGAUGUACUUCUUCCCACGGCAGCUCCUGAUCCGCCACUUCUGGACGCCGCGGCAGCAGCAGGAGUUCAGUGAGGAGAACCACAGCGCCCGCCGUGCUGCCUACCCUGCAGUGCUCAGCUGCCUGGACGCGGCUGCGCAGUCCCUGCCUCAGCAACAGCUGCAGCGCCGCCUGCGGGAGCUCUGCGUCGAGGUGCAGCGCGGCCGCCAUCCCCUCGUGGCUGAGCUCUGCGCCUUGCAGCCGCUCUUCUCAGGUCCGGCGCUGCGCCUGGCAGAGCUGCGGGGAGCCCACGUGCGGGCGCUGAGCCGCGUGCUGUUCCUGACUCCUCUGCUGCCUGCCAUCCUGGUGCGGCGCCGCCUACAUUCCCACCUCCUGGAGAUCCGGCACCUGGACCGCGCGCUGGCUCGCCUGGGCCUGGCACAGCUCUCCGAGGAGGAGCUCAGAGCGGCCUGUUACCUGCGGGGCCUGAACCCCGCGCGGCUGAGCGCAGCGCAGUGCAGAGCCUGGCUGGAGCAGUGGCUGAGGCUGUCCUGUGUGCUGCAAGCCUCCGAGGCGUCCCUGCUGGCCAACAGCAUGGUGCUGCUGUCCCUCAACUACGCAGGAGCGAAGCAAUGAGCGGCGCUGAUCGUCUGCUGUGGCGCUGCUCUGUGCCCACCACCCCUGGGGGGGUCAGCAGGAGCAGGACGGGAGGCACUGAAGAGUGGAGGAUGGCAGCCCUGCGUCCCUGCACCCCGUCAGGGCGAUGCCCUGCGCCUCUGUCCGUUCCCCUGUGGCCACUGCAGCACUUUACAUGUUUAUUGUGGGGGGAACGGGCGUCCCCCCACCCCGCGACCCCCCCAGCAGGGACUGGGCUCAGCUCUGCGCAUCGCUGCUCCUCACAGAGGGUUUGGGGCUGGGGAGGGGACCCUGUGCUCCGCUCUGUGUGGGAUCCAGGGGGUCACUGCUGCGCUGGGGGGGGAGGGCAGGGUACAAAUGUCCCCAUUCAGGAUGCGGGGCCAAUGUGGUGUUGAGUUCUGUGCUGGUGUCACCGAGUUCUGCGUUGGUGUCACUGAGUUGGACGUGGUGUCAUCAAGUUCUGUACUGAUGUCAUUGAGUUGGAUGUGAUGUCAUCGAGUUCUGCAUUGGUGUUGAGUUUUCAUGUGAUGUCACCGAGUUUUGACUUGAUGUCACUGAGUUCUCCAUUAACCAUCAAGUUCUGUUCUGGUGUUGCUGAGCAA